AUGGACGCUGCGGAGUGGCGGCUGACGCGGAAGGUGCCCAUUGAUACCGCUGCUGUGGAUGGUCUGCGCGGCUUCGCGGUCUUCCACAUCAUUGUGGGGCAUCUCUUCAUAUACGUCCCCACCAAGCCGGGCGGACUCUAUUUGAUGGGUGGAGGCUCCAUGGGCCUCUUCUACAUCAUCUCAGGCUUUGUCAUGGCCGUGGGCUAUUGUCAAGUGAUGUUGGAGCGACCCAAAGGUUGUGCCUGGCUCACCUGCAUUUGCUGGCCGACCUGGGACGAUCCCAGCGAGGGGCGCUCCUAUGCGAAACUGAGCUCCUGUACCUUCUGGUUCUGGUUGACGAACAUCUUGGGGAUCAUCAUGCGAUUCUCACUCCAGAACUCGUGGGAGGUGAAUGAGUAUGAGAACAGGGUGACGUGGCUGAACGUCUUGCUGACCUUCCUGGGGCUUACGUCUUGGGUCUUCCCCUGGGACCAGAUGGGCUCCUUUCCCGUGGGCAACGAGCUCACCUGGACGAUUUCCACCAUGCUCUUCUUCUACAUCUGCUUCCCCGCCCUGGCCCCGCGGAUGCAACGAGUGCCACUUCAUCGGCUACCCAUCUUGGUGUGGACCAUGUACGUCCUGCAAGCGAUUGCCAUGUCUACAUGCACUGUGACUCUUGGCUUCCUUGUUUUCCAUGGAAGUGUUGAUACCUACUGGUUCCGUAUGACCCCGCCGCUGCGCUUGCCGAUCUUCAUCAUGGGCAUCGCCGCCGGCCUCAUUCGCGUGCAACGACAGCAGGCAGCGAUGAAGGAUGCCGACUUGGACGUGUCGCCGGUGAACCGCGGCGCGCGCCCGGAGGAACUGGACGAGGCUUGUUGCUGCUGCGCUCAAGAGCCUUGUCUUGGACCUCUGUCCCUCUUCGUGAUUUGGCUCAUCAUCACCACGUUCGCGGCAGUGCAAGGAAGUCUAGUAGGUGAAAUGCAGUUCAUCAUCAACAGACUUGCAUUGGAAGUCUUCUAUCCGAUCCUCUUCUACUAUUGGAUUCUGGCCCUCACGAAUCCUGCGAGGCAGAACGAUUGCUUGGUGCGCCUCUUCAAGAGCCGCGUGAUGCGAUUCUUGGGAGAUAUCUCGAUGUGCUGUUACAUGAUCCACCUUCUGCUCUUGGAGUUCACGGGCUACCUCGUGAAAACCAGGCAUGGAUUUCACCCUUGGUGGACCAUCCUCUCCACCCUGUUCGCGACGAUUUUGCUGGGCUGGCUCUUCACCCGCUUCUACGAGAAGCCCAUCGCCCGAUGCCUGCGGUUCUCAUCGAAGUCCGAGACCGACCAGCCUAGCAAGGCCGCCGCACCGUCGCCGCCCGCGACGGAGAUCGGAAAGCCUUAG